AUUUAUAUCAAUUCCAGGCACUAGUACGGUGCACAUCUACUACAUCAUAAUUUUUGUUUUGGGAAUGUCUGCCAUCGCUCUUGCGCCGCCUGCUAUUGCCUCCUUGUCUCUUUUUCGACCCUGCAUGCCUCCAAUUUUGACCAGUAUGAUUUAUCUCGAAUGCAAAUCGUGGAGUGACCAUGGUCACACUGGGAUCAUGUUUAGAUUAGGAAUAUCUAUCUUGACCGGGUACACUUGGACGUUAGCGACAGCCACGGCAGUUGUUGCAGUUGUGGUGUUCCUAUUGUAUCCUGUCGAAGUGAAGCUGAUAAAUCUGCAAGUUCUGAAACAAUAUAUUCUACAAGAGGACGGACUAAGCUAUUCUGGCGUAGCGAAGUAUCGUACCCUACAGUUACUGUCAACCCUGCACAAUUUGACAUUUCAACCACCCGCCAUGAUUAUAUUGGUCGGUGCAGUUAUCGUAUGCGAAAGUGCUGCUCUCUAUAUUUUGAUAACUUCGGCAAACAUUGUUCCAAUACCGGUUCUGAUUUUAUUCGUUCUGGUCGCUCUGGAAUUGUUGUUUGUAAUUGCAGUUCCGUUUAAAAUAAUGGCGAUACCAUAUGUUGAUUCUGCCGCGCUAUUGGAAACCCUAAAACGGAAGGCUAAGUCGAAGUUGAUCAAAAAAUUUGCAAAAUCAUGUCCUCCUUCAAAAUUAUCACUAGGAGAUGGCAAAUUCGUUGCUAGGGCGACAUCACUUGUAAUAAUGAAUCAUACGGUAGAAUUGCUUGUAACACUUAUGCUAAUGUAAUUUUAGAGUUUUAGAAUUAAAAAUAAAUAUACACCUAGUCCAUGCUAAUACAAACAAUUAAAUUCGCCAAUCUAUGCCACCCUCAGCGACGACUUCGGACGUCCCUUUAACGAAAUGUUAUGCUUCUGUUGCACCACACUCGAAUCCCUCAUGCGACGCGAGUUCUACCACCAGCAGUAUGGCGACGACAAGGAUAACGUUGAUAGGAAGGUGAUUCGCGCUCAGUUCGCAAUAGCGAAUACAUCCGUGUUCGACGACUCGGACCAGAUCCAUGAACCAAUUCUUAUCUAAGUAAUUUUGCAAAUUUUGCCAAUGUAAAAUUACUAAAAUCUAUACAUUUAUUAAUUAUGAGGAAAAAGUGUAACGAAUGCUUGUGCAAAAGUAUGACCCGUAAAUUGAUGUCAUGUAAGGUUUGCCAAUAAUAACGGAUCACUAGAGCCUCAAGUACAUAUGCAUAAUCUGUGAUAACAACAGAGAUAAAACUUUAUUGUUAUGAAAAUUUCUUAAAAUACUGACAGGUUGGUUCGAAGAAAUUUUGUAUAAGGUAGUGUAGUAAUAUUCACCAUCCA